GCUACCAGCCUAGCUAGCCCUAGACCACGGCGGUAACUCAUUACCUUCCAAGAGCGCGUGUGAAUAUGCGGAGCGCCGGGUACGCGGUGGUGCAGCAGGCGCUGGGAGCGGAGGCAGCGGGCGCGGUGAGGCAGGCGGCAUGCCUGGCGAGGGAGCGGGGUCACGCACAGGUCACCCCGCUCCACGUCGCUAGCGUCAUGCUCUUCUCCGCGCCGGGCGGCGGCGGCCUCCUCCGAGCUGCCUGCAUCCGGUCCUCUCACCCACCGUCUCAUCCGGUCCAGCUCGAAGGGCUCCAGCUCUGCCUCGAGGUCGCGCUCAGCCGCCUCCCGAUGGCCUGGCCACCCGCUGCCGCCACGUUCCACCACCGCGGUGCGGGUGCUCCGGUACUGGAGCUAUCGAACGCUCUCAUGGCCGCGUUGAAGCGCGCACAGGCGCACGGACGCCGAGGCACCACGGACGGCGGCCAGCGGCAGCCGCCAAUGAUCGCCGUCAAGGUCGAGCUGGAGCAGCUCGCCGUGUCCAUCCUCGACGACCCGAGCGUCGACCGCGCCAUGCGCGAGGCCGGUUUCUCAGGCUCCCGGGUGAAGGCCAACGUCGGGAAGGGUGACUCGCCGGAGCAGUCUAAUAGCGUCCGCAUCCACCGUAGCGACGGCAUAACUUCUCCGUGUCCGGUUAACAAGGUUAUGGCUACACCUACACAGACAUCCCCUGGAGCCGUUUGGGAUGUGCUCCAUCAGCCUGGCGUCGUCCCACAUGGAAGCCUCGCACUAAGGCCUAGCUACCAGAGGGGUGAUCAAGCGUGCGAAGCAAAACCAAGAGAAGCAGGGUGGUCGGCUUUUGUUAGCCUCACUAGGGUAGCCACAGCGACGUCAUGGCUCCACCUCCAGCAUGAUGCAAUCUCUACAUCCCAUUUCCACGGCACCGGUCUACAGCAGCCUACCUGCUGGCAACAGAAGUUCAGCGAGCUCACCGCAGAAAAUCUUAAGAUUCUAUGCGAUGCGCUCGAACUGCGCGUCCCGCAGCACAAGGGCAUCAUCCCCGCAAUAGCGGCCACCGUGCUGCGGUGCCGAUCCGGCAUGAGGAGGCCAGCCGCAUCGACCAUGUGGCUGCUCUUUCGAGGUAAGGACGUCCACGGCAAGAAGGCAAUGGCGCAGGAGCUCGCGAAGCUCGUAUUUGGCUCCAACGCCGAGUUCGCCGUGCUUAACUCCAGCAAAGACUCCUCGUGCGGCGCCGGCCAUCUCUCCCUCAAGAGGCGCAGGCCGUGGGACGUAGACAAUGGCUAUGUUGGGAUAAGACUGUUCGAAGCAAUCCUAGAAAACGGCCAUCGUGUUAUGUUUAUCGAUGACAUCGACAAACUCGAUCCUGAGUCGGAAAUAGCGAUGGAGAACGUGAUCACGAUGGGGAGAAUCAUGGGCUGCAAUGGCGGCGGCGUGGUCAGUCUGGAGGAUGCCAUUGUAGUGUUGAGUUCCGAGGCAUCUGAGUCGAGGUCGUUGGCUCCCUCAACCCCUCCGGCGAAGCGACAACAAACUCGUGAGCUAAACCGCGAGGAAGAUGGCGCGGAGAAGGGUGUGGAGUCACGUCGUUUUGCCUUUGAUUUGAACGCUCGCCCAGACGAUGUGGAAGAGAAGGAAGAGAACUCGGCUGACGAAGGGGGGAUCAUGGGUGUUCUGGAUGGUGUGUUCUGUUUCGAUUAAAAAAAUUGUUUGCCUUUUGUUUAUGUUCUCUUCAUUUUCUUUCUAGGAUAAUUCUAUUUUCAGUUUUUUCAUCGCU